UGAGCUGGUACCCUCAAAUCCAGAUCCGUAUGCGCCGGCGCCUUCGAUAGCAUCGGCUAAACACCAACCACCAACGCAAGACUGGCUAGAGAUGGGUGGUUCACUAAUGGCCCAACGUUGCCAUCAAUUUCCAGCCGUGAUCAGCAGCCGCAAGACUUUCAAGCCCUUCAGCGCUUCGUCCUUACUCCCAUCCGCUGUUUCAAAAACGACCACUAUUAAGGAGAGUUCGCCCGCCGGAUCCGACCCGCAAGUUGCGCUGGUCUAUUCUCCGGAGACGAGGACUAUGGUGUCUCACGUGUCCUGGUCGUGGUAUAGCUCAUCAACGCCGGACUGUUAGCGAUGCCGCUGUUUUCUGCAUGUAGAGCGCAGGCUCUCCAUU